UCUCUCCUCUCAUGCAGCCGAGGAGGCGCUUCUCUUCUCGUGUCCAAAGUGCGUCUCCAGCAGCAGCAUGUCCUCAUGCAGACAUGCAGCCACGGUGCGAUGAAGCGGACCAAAGGACCUCACCAGCAUGACACCAUGAAUGCAGUGGCCAUGGCUAUUAACCAUGAAGCUGGAGCCAGACACGCCCAUCGCUUCCUUCUGUCAAAAGGAGCCUCUCUGGUGCUACAUUGAACACACACUCUCCGAGUAUGCCAUCCAAGUGCGAGAAAGCCCAGCGGACUGCUUAACACCUGCUGUUCCAUCUGAGUAGGAGGUGGCAACAAAAGACCAAAUGCCAUGGAUGUAUUCAAUUUCACCUACUGGAAUGCCUCUGAAGGCAAUGACACAGAAGUGGUGGAAGAGAGCGACAAUGCCUACAAGACUGUGGAGGUGGUGUUCAUCGUGUUGGUGGCCGGUUCCCUCAGUUUGGUCACAGUUAUUGGGAAUAUCCUGGUCAUGCUUUCCAUCAAAGUUAAUAGGAACUUACAGACUGUCAACAACUAUUUUUUAUUCAGCCUUGCAUGUGCUGACCUAAUUAUUGGACUGUGCUCUAUGAACUUGUACACAGUGUACAUAGUAAUGGGCUACUGGCCCCUGGGCCCGGUGGUGUGCGACUUGUGGUUAGCCUUGGACUAUGUUGUCAGCAACGCGUCUGUCAUGAAUCUUCUCAUCAUAAGCUUUGACAGAUACUUCUGUGUCACCAAGCCCCUCAGCUACCCUGUCAAAAGGACCACCAAGAUGGCGGGGAUGAUGAUCGCAGCAGCCUGGGUCCUUUCUUUCAUCCUCUGGGCCCCAGCCAUUCUCUUCUGGCAGUUCAUCGUUGGUGGGCGGACAGUGCCUGAGAGGGAGUGCUACAUCCAGUUCUUCUCUAAUGCCGCAGUCACGUUUGGCACCGCCAUCGCCGCCUUUUACCUGCCCGUCAUCAUCAUGAUCCAGCUGUACUGGCAGAUCUCCAGAGCGAGCAAGAGUCGCGUGAAGAAGGAUAACCGCAAGCCGUCACCAGCCAAUCCAGAGCCUGUGUCGCCUGGCCAGAGGAUUAACAACACACCGAAACCCAACAACAACAACGUGCCGGGGGAAGACACAGGGCGUUUGCAGAGCCAGAAUGCUGAUGAUGGAGCUAACCAGCAUGAUGGGAAACUGCAAAAUGGCAAGGGGCCUUCCUCGACCACUGCCGAGGGAGAAACCGAGGGUGACGACGUGGCGAGGGAGAACUGCGCUGCCGGAGAGGAGAAGGAGAGCUCCAAUGAUUCAACAUCCGGCAGCGUGGCUGCAUCCAAUCAGAAGGAAGAAGAGGCGGUACCGUCCGCUGCCAACUCCAGCGCCGAGACAAGCCAGCCACCCCCGCGCCAGCGAGCCAAGGCGGGAGGCUCCAAGAUGACCUGCAUCAAGAUCAAGACGAAAUCGCCCAAGGGAGACUGCUACACACCGUCCAACGCCACCGUUGAGAUCGUCCCGGCCUCGGAGAGGCAGAACCACGUGGCGCGAAAGAUUGUGAAGAUGACAAAGCAGGCUCCCAACAAGAAGAAGAAAGUGCCGCCGUCACGGGAGAAAAAAGUGACCCGCACCAUAAUGGCCAUCCUGGUAGCUUUUGUUGCCACCUGGACUCCUUAUAAUGUGAUGGUUCUUAUUAACACCUUCUGCUCCAGCUGCAUCCCCAACACAAUGUGGACUAUUGGCUACUGGCUGUGCUACAUCAACAGCACCAUCAACCCGGCCUGCUACGCUCUGUGCAAUGUCACAUUUAAAAAGACAUUCAAACAUCUUCUCCUCUGCCAAUAUAAAAAUAGUAGGUCAGCCAGAUAAAUAUGGGCCACUUCGGGAGGAAGAGUUGCCUGUGUGUGUGUGUGUGUGUGUGUGUGUGUGUGUGCCAUCCAUGUAUAUCUGUGCGUGUGAAAGAGGUUUGUGAGCAUGAUGAAGACUGCAAGAGUACAUUUGAAGUUACUUUCCACCAUCUUAUCCAUUGUUUUCCAAUUUCUCUCUCAAUAACCGGUUGUAGCACUUUACACAAAUCCAACUGACUGCGUUGAGAUGUGUCGUGCAGAAGCAGCAUAGAUCAAGAAGGUUGUGGAAGAAAAUCAGCCGUAAGCUCUAAAAAUGAGGUGUGUGUAAAGAAAGGGAGCACUCGGGAGCGACACUGAGCUGAUAAAAAAAACAGAAAAGAUAAAGAGCGAAGGGAGAUCUGCGCUGUACGAGAACACAAGACUUCAAAUGGGAAAAUAGGGCUGACUGAAUAUACAAACCUAAAGAAGUUUGAAGUUCAGUGGAGAUACCUGUAGAUAACUGUACAUAUCAGUGUAUACUCAAUGUUUAUGUGAGUGCACACGUGGGUGUGUGCUAGGCUCGGAGGAUGUGCGCACACCCAUGGGUGUCCCCGCUGCCUGCCUUCUUUCUGUCCGUCUGUGAUUCCUCAUCAUGGCACUUCCAACCAGCAACAUGUAGAAUAAAGUGGGGCAGCUUGUGUAGAUUGCCUCUCACAUGGUCACAUCAGGGCUGGAAGCUAUCCCAUCUACCAAUGAGUUUCUAUUAAUACAUAAUAGAUGUAUAAAUAUAUUAAAGCUGCCAAAUUAAAAAAACACAUUUUUCACUUUCAUCUACCGGUGGUGUUUAACCAUGCAUUUAUUUGGCCAAAGGUGUCUCCAAAUUUCAACAGCAGCAACAAUAUAUUGGCUACACAGUCCUCACUGACAAGAAAUUUUCAUUAGAACCACUUUAUAAAUAAGAAAUAGUCGUUGUGCCAUAAAAUAGAGAAAUAUUUAUCGAGUAAACUACUAAUUUGGAUCCUACUAGAGAAUUUCCACAUUUUGGGAAAUACGCUUAUUCGCUGUUUGCCAAGAGUUAGAUGAGAAACUUUGAUACCACUCAUGUCUGUACAGUAGAUAUGAAGCCAGGAUACAUUUAGCUUAGCUUAGCAUAAAGACUGGGAACAGGGGGAAACAGCUAGCCUGGCUCUGUCCAAACAUUGAAAACAAAUACCGGCACCUCUAAAGCUCACCAAUUAACACGUUAUAUCUUAUUUGUUUCAUGUGUAAAAUAACCAACGUACAAAACGUCAAGUUGUGGUCUUAUAACAUUUAUUUUUGGAGUGGCAGGUUGGCAAAAAUUUCCUGAAGGCUUCACCGUGAGGAAAUCACUGCACCCGGCCAAGAAAUAGUCCCUCACGUAACCCAGUAAAACCAUUAGAACCACUUUCUAAUGAAGAAAUAUUCACUUACAGUUGACAAUAAAUUAGAUUUUUUUUUAUUUAUUUACAGGAUGUUGACCCAUUUGGUGCCAUAAAAUAUAGAAAUAUUCAUCCAGUGGAUAGAGAGACAUACUCAACUACUAAUUUGGAUCCUACUAGAGAACGAACCCCCCCUUGGAUUUGAAGGAACACUUAGACAUUUUUGGGGAAAUACUCUUAUUCGUUGUCUUGCCAAGAGUUAGAUGAGAAGAUUGACACCACACAUGUCUGUACGGUAGAUAUCAAGCCAGGGCACAGUUAGCUUAGCUUAGCAUAAAGACUGGGAACAGGGGGAAACAGCUAGCCUAUCUCUGUCCAAACGUUUAACACAAAUCAGUCUACCAGCACCUCUAAAGUUCACCAAUUAAGACGUUAUAUCUUGUUUGUUUUAUGUGUAAAAUAAGUGAUGUGCAAAACGACAAGUUGUGGUCUUAUAACGUUUAUUUUUUGGGUCAAGUCUUGUCGCCAUCGUGAGGAAAUCACUGCACCCGGCAAAGAAAUAGUCCCUCACGUAACCUACGUAAAACCACAACUUGUUGUUUGCACAUUUUGGAUUUACAACCUGCCAUGUAUCAUCAUAGAGAAUAACCAAAUAGCUGUAAGAACAACAACAACAGCAACAAGAGUUAUGACUAAAUAAAAAAAAAAAAAAACCUGUGGCAUGAGAUUGUUCAGUCGCACUCUUUGAUUUGCCAUACCACAUCCAACUGCUGACAGGAUGUCAGAUGUUUAUUCGAUGGUGAUUAUUAUUGAGAAGCCGGUUUGCUGUCACUGCUAGAAACCGUCCUACCCCUGCGUGUGAAACAGGUGGCUGGAGCUCAGAGCUGUGGCUUAUUACUGUCUGUGGGAAGGCAUUGUGUGGUGUGUGUGUGUGGAUGCGUGGGAGGCAUCGUAUGAUUCUGCUGAUUAGUAGAUUGAUGUCACAGCUUGUACUGUACUCACUGUACUGAUGAUGACUGUGAAGAUCUGGUAGUGUUUGUGUGUGUGUGUGUGUGUGGGAGCUCUUGUGUGGGUAUCCAUGCUGAUGUGUGUUCGCUCCAAAAGUGGAGUUUACUUCUGAUCACAAGUCACGACCUUGUGAUUUAAAUAAGGGCUAUUUCCGCGUCUUUACUGUACAUUGUUUUGUAACCCAUACUCCUCUCCAUUCUGGAAAUGAACAAGCGAGUUAAUUCCAUGUGAAUCGUUCUAUUAUUAGAUUAAGAAUAAUAAAUAAUUGUGUCUAAUUUUAAUUGGAAAAAGAAAUGAGAAAAUAUCAAUUUAGUGUAAGACAUGUUCUGUGUAUUCAUGCAUGUCAUCCAUCAUUUCAGGCUAUUAGCCAAUUCUCAGUUGCAUUAAUGUAUGCUCACCAGUUGCAGCGAUGAAUAUUCAGGAGCAUUUUUGCCAUCAGGAGGUUGCCACGGCGGCUGGUAGGGGGGCUUUGCAAAGAAUUACGCCGGCACCGAAUAGCUCCUCAAGGCUGUCUCCCUAAACAGAGAUCUGGGACAGAUCCUAUAAUGAAAACUCACCAUGAGGCUGAUCAGAUUACGGGACGAUGUGGAACACCUACAUUUGAGAUUAAAGAUUGCCCAUUACACGCUCAGUUUGUGCUUGCAUGCCACGCGCCCGUGCCCCACUUAGUGCUCCACUCAGUCCUAAUCCGGUUAUAGUCUCUACCUCAUAUAUGAGGUCAUGAAUGUAAUGUAAAUAUCACAUAUAUAUAUUCAUUAGCUUGCUCUAUUAUUAAUUCUCUUUCUCCUGCACUCAUUCUCGCUUUCCUUCCGGCUAUAUGUUACACUGUAAAGCUCAUAUAUGUGCAGAGCCAGUGCAGGAAUGCAUUUGAAUUGUGUAGUUGCAGUCACAGAAAAGAUAGCAAUUUUGCACACCUGACCUUUACAUUUCUUUGCUGGCAACCUACAGCAAAAUGCUAUGUUAAGAUACCAGACAUCCAUACACUCUGGAUGUAUCUCCAGCAUGUAGCUGAAACCCUCAGAUACUUUACUCAAAUUAAAGUUGCAAUAUCACAACGUAAAAAUACCGUAUAACGAGUAAAAGUCCUACAUUCAAAACACUCAUGUUAAAGUCAAUUUACUAGUCACUAGCAUUUGUCUUUAUAAAACAAAACUCUUUAACAGUCAGCCAAUCUGUUUCAUCAUAUCUUUGUGGAUGUGGUUUGAUCAGAUUUGAUUGAUAGUGCACCCAAUACUGGACGUUAUCAGCUGAUUGAAUGGGCGUUAUCGGUGGUUAUCACAACCAUUCUAAUGCUUCCGACGGGCUAAACUGCACCUACCACGUUGUGAAAGUGAAAGUGACACUUAACGUUGUGGCUUGACACAAAACAACUGGUUAGGCUUAGGAAAAUAUCAUGGUUUAGGUUAGAAUAAGUACGCAAGUUAUGUAACAAAAGAACGCUUAAAUAAUAUAACAUUGACUUUUGGUUUCGGGGGCACAAACAGUGGUGGAAGUCGCCUUGUUUGUCUCAUCUUUCAUCAACUUUGUUGCUCUUUAUAUUACGCCACCUGACUUCAGGGUUCAUUCACGUUUUCCAUUUAAAAAUUCCAUACUUUUCCAGACUUCUCGUAAGAUUUUUCAGACCAUAUUUGACAAGAGUACAAUAGCUAUAGACAGAUAAGAUCCAACUGUUAACAUGUAUGUUUCAUGCUGAUUGUGUAGCAUAUGCUAGUACAGUAUGUUGCCAAAUAACUGCCAGAAUAUUUAGCAAGGUACUGUAGCUCAUAUGAAUAAAUGAACACCGAACCCGGACAAGUUCAAUGCACGGCAUUCCAUUCAAGCUGCAAUGCUAAAACAGUGCAAUCAGUUUAUGUCAUGUCAACUAUUUCUUCAACCUCUACAGUAACAGGUGAGAUGUUUAUGUACGAUUCACCGGGGAACUAGAAAAGAGAACAAAAGUUUUUUGCAUUUUUGCAGCUUUGCAUCGCGUGCCAUACUUCUUGGUAAACAUUUGGCUCCAAACGCCAUAAGAAACAUACGCAUUUUAUAUUUUAGGAAACAGAAUAGGAGAAAUAGACUGAAAACACAAAUAUUUUUCCAUACUGCGUGGGAACACUGUGACUUCCACCUUUGCUCCCGUCAUAAUUUGCUACGAGGUCGGCAUCAUCUUUUUGUAUUUGUAUCAGUGAUCAACCAUGUGAAUAUAUGAUAACGGCCUUCUGAACCUACUAGUAGGUUUAGCAGGCCCCUUUUAACCCACAUAUAUGAGGCUGAUAACGCCCAUUCAAUCGGCUGAUAAUAUAAGCAAACAACCAAACAAUCCACCAACAUUCAUCAGAUUCAGAUAUUUAAUAUAUAUAAUUCUGAUUGGUCCACUGAAGUAAACAACACUUUUUUUUCAGUACCUUAACAUUUGUUGUAUUUGAGUAAAUGCACUUUCCCCUACUCCUGCACAUACCGUUCAUGGAUGGCCCAUGUUUAUCUAUCGGAGCUGUUUCAGCAGGAACCGAGGCAUCUAUCCAAGUUCGACAUCCAACCAUCCGUCACGGUGAUAAGUGGAGCCAUGUCUGUCUGACAUCCGUCACACAUCUCAGUAGUGGGUAGAGAGCCUUCCAGAAUAUCUGAUUAAUCUUUGCUAAGCUGUCGUUUGAGUGAUACCAGCGGGAGAGUAAGUGGCUCGCAGCUCAAGUGGUGGUCCGGGGGUCCCGGUAUGAGCAGCUGCUUGGGUGUUUGAUGGAAGGUGAUGGCAGUUUAUCACCUCCUGGAGCAGGGGGAAAGGAGGGGGGAUGCAUCUAAAAAAAAAAAAAAAAAAAAGUGCUUACUGUGUUUAUCUCCGCGGCAUGCACUUUAAACAUCAUCAAGUUCUCAUAAACCCCCCCUGCUCCUGUUGCCAAUUUGUUGGAAACAAAGAGAGGUUCUUGUAUCAGGUGGGGGGUGGAUGAUGUGAGAGAAUGUGGGCUUAUGAUAGAACGAGCAAGUGUCGUUUGCUGACAGCAAAAGAGAACGGCUGUCAUGCAUGGGAGCGAGAUAGCCCCCCAGGUGUACACUUUGUACGUGUGAAACAGAUAAGCUCGCCUUUGUAGUCAUGGCUACUAUAGGAGGAGGGUUGGGGGUUGAGAGAGAGUGAGAGAAAGAGGGGGGGAGUUGGUUUGUCAGUGACAAAAUCCAAAGCUGGAGGAUCACACCGCAUGUGCACCAUGUUUGGAGAAGUCCCAGCCGUUCUUGGCAGGUCAGCCAAGGGUUUUGCUGCAGGAAUUUGAGUGUCCCAGACGAAACCCGCCGCCCGGUGUAAACACAGCGGGAUACGGCGCUGUUUGCCAUCCCUCCGGCGCUUUUAUUGCAUCUCAUUCUCAUGAUGUGCAAACACAUAUCCACCAUCUCUCGCUUUACGGUUGAUCGUAACCAUCAUAUUUUACCAUCCUAAAGCAUAUAUGCUCACGUACAGAGCAUAUAUCCUGAUGUUCAUCUGUCUUGAAUAAACACUGUCAUCAACAGAUCAUAAUGUGCCGUCAGAGCUAGCUGGGCUCCUCUUCAUACGGCUUAUGUCAAAGGGCUAAAACUCCUUUUACGGAGUACAUAUAUGACACGUAACGUUUAUCAGAGAUGACUUCAAAUGUAAGGUUUUUUCUCUGGCUUCACUCUUGUGGGGGGGGGGCUGUCGCCGCCGCUGAGAAUAAUCUCAGCAGUUUUGUGCAGCCAUGCAGAAGUGAGAACGCAGCAGCUUGUGCAUGCUGUGAGAGUUUUAUCGGAGACGGGAAGAAAAUAUAUAUAUAUAUCGCCAGAUUGUACGGAGCAAUUUGAAGUGCCUUAUCCAGAGUAACUUAAGCAAAUUGCUCUUUUAUCCUAAAAUCCCCCGUUGUAUCUUUAGUGUGUCUGUCUGUGCUGGGAAGUCCGUGCACUUUAAAGAGCAUGUUCAGCCUUUUUUAAAUUAACUUUUUGGUUAAAGAUAUUGUGUUUCUCAGCUCUGAGCUCCCAUUACUAUAAUUUCCAUCUUAACAGCCGCCGUCUUGAUUGCCGAGGCAAUGAAAGUUUGGACUGAACAAUCUAAAAUCAUCAUCUCAAUGCCUUUUUUGAAAUGAUUUAGCAAAAAAAAAAAAACUGUACAGUUAUACAGUCACAGCAGUGACUUAUUUCAGCUAUCCUAGAGGCACAGCGGGCUAUUUUGUUGAUUUUUCCAUCCAAUGUGUGUGUGUGUCGGGUGUGUGUGUGAUUUGUCAUAUGGGAUAUUGUGCUUUCCGGUGUGUGUCUGCCAUUAUACAGAGAACAGUGCUGUCAUUCGUGUGUGAGUGUGUGUGCAUGCAACUUGCUGUGCGGUGUUUUAUUUUUUCCUAAAUGGCAUCCUCAGCAUGAAGACAUCAGACCGGACAAACUAUCAUGGCACACAUCAGGGAAGAUGCACACAGUGUGAUUGUCUAUUUCUCCGCCAUCACUCCUUCCUCUUUGAACAAGUCUUUCAAUAGCAACAGGCUUCCAAAGACUCACUUAGUAGACACCAGUGGUACUGGAAUACAUAUAAAUAAAUACGUUAUAUUGUACAUUUUUAUAUCACAUUUAGUGAAGCUGUUUCUUUUUAAUCAUUGUACAAAGUACAAAAUGUAAUAUUACAGAUUGAAAUAUGAUCAGUGUACAGACAAGAGAGUUUGUUUUUUUUUGGUUUAAAAUUAAAAAAUGUUUAAAAUCUAUAAAGAUGUGAAUAUAAUGGAAGUGUUUGAAAUAGAGUAUAAGAGUAGAAGGUUAUAAAUAUAUGUGCAUUUCCGGGGGCAUGACUUGCAAAGAAAUGGAUUCUUGCCUUGCAAAAUGAAGUGACUGGAUCCAAACUUUUCAACUUCGGAGCAGCGUUCAUUUCAAGAGUGACUUUUGCAGCCAGAAAAGGGGAGAAAAAAAAAAGCAAACCUAGAAACCUGGCGGAGGACAAAAGCUAAAACUAGUUUCCAGUGACCCAAAGGCCCAGAGGCAAGGGCUUCAUUCUGAUUUCACCUGUAAAUGUAUGAGGCCUCGCGCUCACCUUGGGAGGAAGAAGCUGGCUGUCUGCUAUCCGACCGGACACACUUUAUAACUUUUGCAAUUUUAACAUCCUGGGGAAAAGUGUUUUUUUUUUUGUGGAGCAACCAAAGUGUUGAGAUGUUUGACCCGACCUGAACUUGAAGGGUCACGAUUAACACGUGGAUUUAAAACAAAAAACAGCAAACAAAAAGAAGGCAAAAAAAAAAAGAAAAAUCCGUAGCCUGCUGCAAGUGUUAAAUGUACAUACAAGUGUUCAUUUUUCAUUUGCUUAUAUAUGUAGAUGUUCAUUGUGUGUUCACUCACUGUGGCUUGUGGCUUCUCUUGCAAUAUAUAAAAUAAAAAAAAACAUUUUACGGUCUAUUGUUUGCAUUGUAUAUAUCUAUAUGAUAAUAAAUUCUAUGUAAUUCGGAUGCGGUACAUUUGAACAUGUACAUACACGUCUUUAAUAGCUACUAUCUGAAUGUUUCCUCCACCCAUUUAUUCUCCUCCCCCUCCCCCACUAUGAUACUUCCUGUACAGUAACAAUAGUAUUGAUUUCCUUUUUUGAUGCAUUCUUGAUUGAUUAUUUGUUCUGGACAAUGAAUCUGAGUGUUAUUGUCUCUGGCCACCUAUGACACUGUAAGAUGAACUGCAUUACGUGGUUACAUUGUGCCAUAUUCUCUCAGAAUGAAAUUCAAAUAAAGAUAUAUGAAAUGUGUUUUA